UCGAUUAACGUGUACUUGAUUAUGCGGACGCUACAUUGCGCAUGCGCAGUCUUUCUUCUUCCUUUCAGCAAAUUUUUCCACCAUGGCUCCUUUGAAAAAGCAGCCGAUCAUCAAAAGUGGAAAGAAAAAGAAGCAAGUCCUGAAGUUCACUCUGGACUGCACGCACCCAGUAGAGGAUGGCAUAAUGGAUGCAGCCAACUUUGAGCAGUUUCUUCAGGAGCGCAUCAAAGUGAACGGCAAAGCAGGAAAUCUCGGAGGAGGAGCCAUAGCUAUUGAGAGGAGCAAGAGCAAGAUCACUGUGUCUUCGGAGGUUCCAUUUUCCAAAAGAUACCUGAAGUAUCUCACCAAGAAAUAUUUGAAGAAGAACAACCUUAGAGACUGGCUGCGUGUAGUGGCAAACACUAAAGAGAGCUAUGAACUUCGCUACUUCCAGAUCAAUCAGGAUGAGGAGGAGGAAGAGGAUGAAGAUUAACUUUUUGUACAUUUAAAUAAAUUCAUUUAAUACUAUUUUCAA